AUGUUACAGUCAUCUGCUUCUACAGAAGGAAGAGGUUUUCAGGUGCUUCUUUCUUCUCUAGCUGCAGCUGCAGCUGCAGCAAGUGGAUGGAGCUUUGUUACAGGAAGUUUUGGUCUUCUGGAUGGCUACUUCAGGGGCUGCCCCCCUCGAAACAGAUUGGAAGUCAUGCAGUUGUCUGGGAAUGGUCGCAUGAUUUUUUGCUUUGUAGUUUUUCAGCUGGCUGGUGAAGAAGGCUUGUCUGGUGUUGCAGUAGAGGCUUUAGCCGUGGUAUGGUUUCUGGAGGCUGUCCAACGCAUUGUUCUGAGCCAGUAUGGGAUAUGCGAGGCCCCGUCUCUUUUUGUGGGCCUGCUAAAUGUGCAUUUGGAGGAUUCUUGGUUUGGCAACAGCCUGUCUGCAAGUACUUCCUCUCUUUUCAUCUCUGUUUAUGAACUUUCAGAACUUCUACUGCAUCCAUGGGUGAUUGGUGACUCGGCAAAAGAGGACCUAAUGGACUCGGAGGUUGUUUCACGGCUGCAAAGUUUCAAUGCGCGGUGCAAAUUCCGCACUGCAGCAAUAGCGAGUGUGUUGAGUAGCACGGUUUUCUUGAGAUCGAGGACUCUGUUAGGGUCCCAUGAUCUUACUCAUGAGGAGCUCAAGAAACUGAGAAAACAUUUCCAGAGAAUAUGUGCAAAUGGAGACAAUGCCACUCUUUCCGAAUUUGAACAAGUGCUAAACGCAAUGAACAUGAGCUCGCUCCCCCCCCUUGCUCCACGUGUCUUUGACCUAUUCGACAACAACCGUGACGGGACUGUGGACAUGAGAGAGAUCCUAUGUGGCUUCUCAAGCCUCAGAAAUUCACAUGGAGAUGAUGCUCUCCAGCUCUGCUUCCAGGCCUUGCCAAAAGACUGCCUUCCAGCAGACAUAACAGAACCUGGGAAGCUUGAUGAGAUUUUCGAUCAGAUGGAUGCCAAUAGUGAUGGAAAGGUCACAUUCGAUGAGUUCAAAGCUGCCAUGAAGAGAGACAGCUCCCUCCAAGAUGUAGUCCUCUCCUCUUUGAGGCCAAUCUAG